CGAAGCCAUUCACAAUUCAGGCCGCUGAGGAGUAAGUGGACUUAUCCAUCACUUACUUGUACCCAGUUGGAACUCGUGAUUCAUCAUCGAUUACAACAACACAUUUACAUGGUCACUAUCCAAAGGAACCUUUAAAGUCUCCCCAAGUCACCACCACCAACCUCCUCAACAAUGGCCAACCAACCGACUUCUCCCACGGCUGCCGUCGAACGGCCUCAAACUAGCACCGGUCCCAGCAAAGACAGCCCACCACCACCAGUCCCCUUAAAGGACAUCAACAGAAGCAAAAGCAAGAUGUCCUUCUCCGAACGCAAGGCCCAACAGGUUUUAGGCUCCACCAAUUCAGAAUCCGAUACCGUCAAAAUCCGACCCUCAAAAGCUACCUCUACCGAGGACAACAACAACAACAACGACAACGACAAAAACCAGGACCAGAGCCAGAACCUUGACCGGAUCAUGCGAGACAUCGACCGUCCUCUCCCAGGAGACGUCACCGUCGCACCUGGACCCAAGCGAGAGCAAAAACCAUCAAAAUUGUCAUCCUCAUCAAAGCGAGCGUCGGUAGCUGAGCUCAGCAGACAAAAGAGCAACCUCGACUUUUGGGAGGGCGCCUUUUCUGUUAACGAGGUUAGUCCGGCCAAGGAGAGGAUACGUGGUGAUGCGCUGGUUAUGGCGGAGGUUAAGACGAAUGUGAUUAUAAGCGACGAAUUCACCUUCAUCACUGAAUUGACCUACCACCUCUCCUCUCGAUAUCAACGCCCCGUAUCCUCCAUCGUCGUCACCCUCCACCACGGCGCCUGCAUGUUAUUCGGCGGUACUUUCGACCCGGCGUACGUGGUUACCGUCUCGGCGUUACCGAGCCAUCUGCAGCCGACCACAAACAAGCGAAAUGCGGCACUAAUUCAGAAACACUUCGAGGAGGCGAUCGGGGUGAGUCCGUCGAGGGGACUGUUGAAGUUUAUUCCUGUAGCGGAGGAUUGUUUGGCGAGCGGGGGGAUGACGGUGAGUGGGGAGAUGGAGAUGGCUGAGAAGGGGGUUGUUUUUGGAAGUGGUAGGGCUGGUGGUGGUGGAUUGCCGUUGUCGAAAACCGUUACGCCAGGAGCAGCAGGGACUGAGGAGGGAGAAAGUAUUUUGUCGAUGAAGAAGUCGAGGGGGAGGAUGAAGCUUAAUGUGAAGAAAUCCCUAGCCAACUUCAGACAAGCAACAACCGCCGCCCCCGAACCAGACCCAGCAGACCCCAGUCACACCCAAAAGGAAACCCAAACUCAAGCCCAAUCCCGUAGCCGUAACCACAGCCAUCGCCAACGACAUGGACAACUCACACCACCAACCAGCGCAGAGGAUUCUCCUCUCCCCGUUCCCGAACGGACGAGCUCACACUCCUCACCGCGACGAGGAGGAAAUUUACCGACGACGGACACUCGAGAACACUUCGACUAUCCAACUUCUAACAGACCUACUGCCGCAAACAAUAACGCCGGGUCGCAUAGCAGCGCUCUAGCUCCUCAACACCAACACCAAC